GGAUCCUAUAAAGGCGGCGGCGGGCCGGGGCGGUGCUCAGAAGGCUGGCGGGCGGCUAGGAUGGCUGAUGAGGAGGAAGACCCCACCUUUGAGGAGGAGAAUGAAGAAAUUGGAGGAGGAGCGGAAGGUGGACAGGGGAAGAGAAAGAGACUUUUCUCUAAAGAAUUACGGUGUAUGAUGUAUGGGUUUGGGGAUGACCAGAAUCCUUACACCGAGUCAGUGGAUAUUCUUGAAGAUCUUGUCAUCGAGUUCAUCACUGAGAUGACUCACAAGGCAAUGUCGAUCGGAAGACAGGGUCGGGUGCAAGUUGAAGAUAUUGUCUUCCUGAUUCGAAAGGACCCAAGGAAAUUCGCUAGAGUCAAAGACUUACUAACUAUGAACGAAGAGUUGAAACGGGCUCGGAAAGCUUUCGAUGAAGCCAACUAUGGAUCUUGACAGCAUUUGUAAUUUCUGGGAUUUUGAUAUUUUAUGUGGAAACCAUGCAUUGUAACAGCAUGAUUGCUAGGCACACAAUGGAAGAGGUCUUCAAUUUUAGCUCCAUAACUCGAGCCUUUCAUUGCCUGCCUUUGUCAGGCUGUAUUUGAAUUCUUUACUGGACUUUAAUGACUACUAACUUAAAAUGUAGCCAACCAUACAGUUCCAUCCGAACAAGGCAGACUUGUGUGUGCCAAGCUGUAUGUAUACUUUAGCUGCAUAAUGUGCGAUCGAAAUAUCCUUUGACUUUACGAAAGUUGAGACAUGUCCUCUAUGUACUUCAAGUUUUUAUGACAGUGGCAGAGUUAUUAAAGAGAGUGGACUGGUUUGUGUUUCUUUUAAGGAACUAAGUUCUUGUAAGAGUUUGUUUUAAUAUUCUUUUCUAAAGAACACUUUCUUUUUUAAAGAAGCUACUAUUUGUUAAAUGUUAGUGGCAACAUAGUUACUUGAUAGCAGGAAAAAAAUCUAAAAAUAAAUACUUCAGUAGUAGGGAUAGCAAGGCUUGUAAACUUGAGGUCAGGACAGGUGUUUUAGGUGGUCUUCUAGUGACACAAAUGUAAGUACUUUCAUUGUGAAAAUGUAUAGUUCAUUAAAACCGUGUGUGGCUGUGCAAACCAUUUUUGUAGUAAAGGAUAUGCCGGCUUUGUGUGUAUUUAGCUUAUUGCAUUAAAUUAUUAUUCUAUUUAGCUUAUAAAUAAGGAUUAAAAUUGCAUUUAAAGAGGUUACUGAAUGUUACUCUGAAACUUACUGGUGCUUCUUAACAUCCCUAAAUCAGACUUGGGGAAAUCUGUUUAAUCUGCUGAUACAAAGAAUAAAGAAUGAAGAAUUAAACACGCUAA